UGAUUGAAUCUAUAGCCAUGCUUCAUCCUUCACAGGAUUUUUUUGUAAUGUCAGCGAAAAGACAAUUUUCCAUUCUAAUUCUCUUUUCCGCACGCAAAAAAAUAAAAAAAUAAAACAGCCCUCGGAGGCGUGGCCACGAAUGGAGCCAAAAUGGCACCGUCCGGAUCCCAGCUUCACACUUUUAGCAGUGAUUCUUCAGAGCAGCUAGUUUGCUAACAGCAGCCUGAACAACAACAACAGAAAAAAAAAACGAACAACGCGGAACUGCCACAGAGCCGCCAAGGGACAGCUGAAUAUGGCAGAGCAUGAACCGCAGCAAGGGGAGCAGGACCUUGAGAAGAAAAUAGUGGAGACCAGGCAGAGAUUCAAGAAUGAGUUACUCAAAGACUCAACAGAUAAGUAUGACCCCAGGGAUGUGGAGAGGAUUGAGCAGGAGGAUUCUCUGGUGGAAGCCUACCUCACAUGGAGACUGUAUGUCGUUGAUGACACGUUGAAGAUGAUAGAUGAAAGUCUACUGUGGAGAAAAGAGUUUGGGAUAAAUGACGUGAGUGAGAGCACCAUUCCCAGGUGGAUGUUUGAGAGUGGUGCCGUCUUCCUCCAUGGCUACGACAGAGAAGGCAACAAACUCUUCUGGUUUAAGGUGAAGCUGCACACCAAGGAUGCAAAAACAGUUGUGGACAAGAAGAAGUACGUCGCCUUCUGGCUGGAGCGGUAUGCAAAGAAGGAACCCGGGAUGCCUCUCACCGUAGUGUUUGAUAUGACGGAGUCUGGCCUUAGCAAUAUUGACAUGGACUUUGUAAAGUACGUCAUCAAUUGCUUCAAAGUAUACUAUCCAAAGUUUUUAUCUAAAAUGAUCAUAGUAGACAUGCCUUGGAUCAUGAACGCUGCAUGGAAGAUUGUGAAGUCCUGGUUGGGUCCAGAAGCCAUCGCAAAGCUGAAGUUUGCAACCAAAACUGAGAUUCACACAUAUAUUGGUGCUGAGUACCUGCCGCCUCACCUGGGUGGAUCGGACCUCUUCAAGUACACAUACCCACCUCUUCCAGACGAUGACUUCCAAACGCCGCUGUGUGAGAACGGGCCGAUGGCCAGCGAGGAUGACGCCGAGAGCAAAGAGGGUGAAAUGGAGAGCAGAGACACCCUCGAGUCCAGCUUCAACUCCGAGAUUGUGGCAAAGCCCAAAAAGGUGAAUUUUCUAGAAGAAAGCUUAAGGUCAGAGGAUGGUGACAAAGACACAAACGUGAGAGUGAAAGGAGUCAGGAAGCCACUCACCACCUUCAAAGGUCUUCUGCUAGAUGUUAGUCCUUCUGAGGAGCUCAGCUUUGGUUCCGGUGAGAACGAGAAGAAAUGCCUUAUUAUUCUGAGCAACGUCACCAAAAAUCAGGUGGCUUUUAAGGUUCGUACCACGGCACCCGAGAAGUACCGAGUGAAGCCCAGCAGCAGCAGCUGUGAACCGGGAGCCUCGGUGGACAUAGUGGUGUCCUUGCAUGGAGGUUCCCAGGCCUCUCCACAAGACAGAUUUUUGAUCAUGGCUGCAGAAAUGGAAAACGCUGGAUCACAGGAACUCACUCAGUUCUGGAAAGAAGUACAGAAAAACAAGAUCAUGGAGCACCGAUUGCGUUGUCAUGUACUGGACAGCGUUAAGUCAUCAGGCGUCCCUCACAGGGACAGCCUGGGAGAGACAUCGACCAACGGGCAGCAGGAGUUAAGCACAGCGCUUAUGCGAGUGAUGGCGUGCAACUCUCGACUGGAGCUGAAAAUGAACUCAUGUCUGUGGGUGCAGAAGGUUCUCACUGGGCUGGUGCUGGUCCUGCUAGCGCUGAACCUGCUGUGUCUCUACCUGCUGGGUACGGCUCAGCGACCGAGCUGACCUGCCGCCGGCCCCUCCACCUGCGUCUGUCAGCCCUCCAGGAGGCGCUGGCGGCUCCAGCCGGGCUACAGUUGACCACUUGAUGGGACGCUGGUCCUCUGCUCCACCCGGCCAAGUCCCACUGGCUGACCGCCCUGAAGAGUAGCAGAGCUGACCAUCGAGACAUGUCGGUCCAUGUUGAGCGAAGAGAUUGUUCUGCUGCCUACUAGGUUAAUGUAACGGAUUGAUAGGUUCUAUUGUGGCUGAUUGUGAAAACAUAAUUUAAGUUAAUAACAUUUAUUAGAUUUUGUUGGAAAAAUUAGUCAUAUUAAGGUUUAUGUAGAGCAUUUUUUUAAUUAUUUGUCAAUCUACAAAAAAUUAUUUAAACCAACAUAUUAUAAAAUAAAUCCUUUUUAUUCAACCUUUACUGUUCAGGUUUUUUUUGGCCAAGUCUUUGUUAUGAAUCUAAAGACGGCAUUUAAACACCCGCCUUAUUCUUCAGCUCUAGCUGUUUCAGCCACUAAAGUUGUCCAGUUAUGCAAAAUUAUUCCUUCUCUUUAAUAAGCUCCCAUUAAAACGGAGCUUUGUAAUUGAAAACAUCGCAGCGAAUGACCUUACUAAACUUCUCCACGCUCAGACCCAGGAGCCCAUGAGAGAACUGUGUCUCCACCACCUCAUUUUAUUUUAAUUACCCCAACACUAAACUCAACUAAAAAUACCAAAGCAAUUACUGGCAGAGCACAAGGACGAGGCACAACCCACUUGUAUCUUAGUGGGAAGCGCUGAUAUCAGUAACAAGAUCCAGCUCGGAGCAAUCAGGACGCGAGCCGGGGUGUGAGGAGUGAGCUCGUUAUUAGAUGUUUGCACACCCGAGAGAUGACUGAAAUCAACAACCGCCGUUUGUUUUGCGGUGGGUGGUUGCCAGUUGGAGUGAUUUGUGUAACACAAGAAGGCUAAUCCUGCUUUGAUUAUUAAAAAAUCCCAUUUCA